UGAACAAGGUACAUUCUGGACGACCCUCACCAAUUUGUGCAUUCCUGGCAAUACUGCGGUGCGCCAGCUGGUCUCAGGAUCUGUUCCCGCUAAUAUGUGCAUUCCUGGCGAUAACUAAUGUAAUUGCUCUCAGUGGUCUCCUGUCGGAUCCAGCUCGACAUAAAUAUUACGUCGUUGCCAUUGUUGAUGAAGCUAGAAUGCUUGUGCGCUUGUGUACCCCAUUAAAGGAUGCCAGCUCAGGUUUUAGCACUGGGUCUGUGUUCGCCCGUGACCAGUCUGUGCUGCCGCUAUACUGCAUUCACCUAUGUCUCCGAGUCUAUCCCCUCAGUUCGUGGAAGCCCUCUGGGUGCGGAAAUCAUUCUCCGCAGCUGGCCACACCUUGCUGGUCUACGACUAUUUCCUGACUCUUCAAGAUGAAAUCCUCUACAUCUGGCACGCCCCCUGGACGGUCGUUAAAGUCUUGUUUCUUCUCAACCGAUAUGGAAACCUUAUUGGGCAGACUUACAUUCGGCUGGAAGAGGCCGGUCUCCUCGCACAUAGUUCUAUGGCGUUCUGCCAAAGCUUCACAUAUUUCACCACUUGCUUUGUGUUUCUAUCCACAGAAUCGAUUCAUAUCCUUGUGCUCAUGCGAGCGUGGGCCAUCUGGGGAACCCCCAAGCGCGUGUCAACGAUCCUCAUUUGGAGUUAUGUGUCAUAUGUUCUCAUCUUGAUAGCCACAUCACUACACAGGAUAAACACUAUUCAUCUUUCGUUUCCACAUCUCAACGUGACCCAGAUUUGUGUGGGGUCGUUCCCAAAAUAUGUGUGGUUGAUGUAUUUCGGAAGCCUUAUUCUCGAUACAGUGCUCUUCGUCUUGACAAUGAGAAGUCUCCGGAGAUACUCAAGGGAAUUUCAGCAACUCUACCCCUCCAAUCUCCUCCAUAUGCUCUUUCGAGACGCAAUCAUGCUUUUUCUUACUAGUGUGUUCAACAAUGCAUUGAUUAUUGCCUCCUUGACUGCAUACCCACACAAUCCAAAACAUUUUCUUGGUAAAGGGUUCUCGACACCAUUGCUUUCAGUAGCUGGUCAGCGCCUGGUCCUGAACCUGAGAGGUCUCAAAACACGUACCUACACGACCUUCGAUCUCGGCCGCGAAGUGGAUCGGCAACUCGAAGCAUUCGCUGAUACGAACUCCUUGUCACCUCCAGGCCGAGACGCCCUUGGUGACCCAGAAGGAUGUUGUUCUACAUCAAAAUACCUGAAAAGGCGAUUGAAUGUUGUCCAUCUUCUGGCUCACUUCUGGCUCUCGCGUUUCCUUUGCAUUCCGUUUCUUCACACCUGGGCAUCAAGGGUAUUUAUACAUAGGAUGAUAGUCAGAAACGAUGCUUGCAUUUUCCCUUCGUGGUUCACUAUUCGGAUCUCGUUUUCAAUGGUCUCCCUGAAUCACAGUGAGCGUCUCAUGUACUAAUACUAAUAUAUAUUCUAUUUUAUCGCUAGUGGCGUGCCCUAAAAAACGGGUUACGGUCCCUAGUACGUUGGCAUCUGAUUGGGCUCCGAGUUCGAGGUUAU